AGAGCGCGGGCUGCCCGGCAGCGGUUGACCUCGUGCAUCGGCCAAGUAAAUGUCAAGUCAGGAAUUCAAUUCCCAGGGGCUCGGCUGGGCGGGGCGGGCGAGGGUUGCCUCCUUUUCGAUCCUCCUCACUGCGCUCGCAAGUCUUCUUGCUUCGUCCAUGAUUCUCUCGAGGCGAAUCCAUAGUCCGGACUGACUCGGCUGCUCGAUCCACAUCUUGCCGCAGAGAGUUGUGAACUCGAUGGCUAGAUUCGUCGAAUUCCGAUGGAUCCUCGCCAUCCUUUUCCUGUGUGUGAGCACCGUGCAGAGAAUGUCAGCUUCGCAGGUGCAAGCGAGCUCGAUUGGGGAAAGGAGAAUUCUGCAGGACGUCGGAGAAGAGCAGAAGGGAAUACUUCUUGAGUUCAAGAAAGGCGUCGUGGAUGAUAAUUCGACGCUUGCGAGCUGGCGAGAUGGAACGGCAGUCUGCCAGUGGAAGGGCGUGGCUUGCGACGAGAGUCUGCGUGUUGUAAAUAUUUCUCUGAGGGGUGGGGAGUUGGGCGGUACCAUAUCUCCGGUCCUGGGCCAGCUGCAGUUUCUGACGGUUCUGGAUUUAUCCUAUAACACAUUCAGCGGCAUAAUCCCAGAUUCUCUAUGCUCUCAUCAGAGCCUUCUCUCCCUCAACCUCUCGAUGAACUCAUUAUCUGGCAGUAUUCCCUCUGACCUCUCCAACUGCUCGUCGCUUGAGGUCCUCGACCUCAACGCGAACUCUUUAACCGGAAGCAUUCCUGACUCUUUAGGAGGACUGCAGUCUCUUCGGUACUUGAGUUUAUGGAACAACACGCUAACUAAUACUAUUCCUGCCAGUCUAGGAAACUGCUCAUCUCUCCAAGUUCUCGUCCUUAGCUUGAACUCUCUUUCAGGAGGUAUACCAUCACAGAUAGGGAAUUUGGCAAACCUGGAGGAACUGUACAUUGAAUCCAACACCCUCCAAGGUCCCAUACCAAGCUCCAUUGCAAACUGCUCUGCCCUCCGAGAGCUGCAUCUGGGAGAGAAUCAGCUGUAUGGAGAAAUUCCUGUCGUGAUUGGACGCCUCGCAAAGUUGGAAUAUGUCACUCUUCAGUCGAAUAGGCUAGAGAUGGGCAUUCCGAGUUCGUUGGGUGAUUGUUUGUUGCUGAUGCAGAUAAACUUGAGCUUCAACCGUCUGAAUGGAACCAUUCCUACUUCUCUUGGUAAACUCAUGAACCUCCAGGUACUGAACCUGGAGGGUAACGAGCUUCAGGGAAUGAUUCCGGCUGAGUUCGACCACUUACCAGGACUCCAGGAGCUAAUUCUUGGGAGCAACCAGUUGUCGGGUUACGUACGUGGCCUCAAUGGCUCUUCUCUGACAGAAGUCCGAUUGAACAACAAUAGUCUCAGUGGAGAACUUCCUGCAUUCCAAUCGGAGUCGAACAUUUCCACGUUGAAUCUCUCGAAAAAUAGGCUGACUGGGGCGAUUCCGGACAGCAUCGGGUUGCUAGAGCACGCUGUGUCAAUUGACUUCUCGUUCAAUCUCUUGACCGGUUCCAUUCCCAGUUCUUUGAGCUCCUGCAAAGAACUGGAGUCGCUGGAUUUGUCGGACAAUGAACUCUCGGGUGGAAUUCCAAGUUCUCUCGGGGAGCUCUCUUUCAUGCGAUUCGUAGAUCUUUCCAAUAACCAGUUACAGGGAUCCAUUCCUACCAGUUGGCAGAACUCCUCCACCGAUUCCUUUGCAGGUAAUUCGGAGCUCUGUGGGGAGCCCACGCGAGUGGUGUGUAAUAGUCCAAGUGCGGAGAGGAGUCGCACGUGGAUCUACAUAUCUGUCGCACUUGGCACUCUCAUUGUCGGAAUUGUGGCACUGUCAGCUUCUAUUUGGUGCACAUGGAAGAAGAAGAAAUCAACUGCAAGGCUAGCACCAAUUUUGGAGAUGAGCAAUUUUACCGACGGAGUAAAAUUGUCUGUACAGGAUGUGAUCAGUGUAACGAACAAUUUCAGCGAGGCCAAUAUCAUCGGAGAGGGGUCCAAGAGCGUUGUCUAUAAGGGAGUUCUUCCCGACGGAAUGGUGAUUGCGGUGAAAAAACUGAUCAUGGAUCACGUUGAGAGGUCUGCCAACAGGUUCAACCAUGAGAUGCAGCUGCUAGGAACGCUACGCCAUCGGAACUGGCUGAAAGUCUAUGGCUUUCUGUCAAGUCCGGACAUCAAGGCUCUGAUUUUGGAAUAUGCGCCGAACGGGAGUCUUCACUACCAAUUGCACGGCUCUGAGACCUGUCAGCUCACUUGGAAGAUGCGCCUCGAAAUUGCUAUAGGGAUCGCAGAAGCUUUGGUUCAUAUUCACCAUGAAUGCGUUCGUCCGAUCAUCCACCUCGACAUCAAGCCCAGUAACAUUCUUCUGGACGAGAAUUUUGUUGCCAAAGUGGCAGAUUUGGGAAUUUCGAAGCUCGUUUCGAUCGGAAACAGCAGUGCUGACGGUACAACCAGUGCCCUUUUCGGAACCACGGGCUACAUCCCUCCAGAGUAUGGAAUUUCGCCGAAAGUUUCAACGAAAGGCGACGUGUUCAAUUACGGCAUCCUCCUUCUCGAGCUUCUCACGAGGAAAAGACCGACCCAUCGUUUCGAGCAAGAUGUUUCUUUGAGGGAGUGGGUUGCCGAUGCAGCUGAGAAUCCGGACAGGAUGCUCACGGUUUUGGACAGCAGGAUCCAGAACGAGUUGGCGGUUCAUGAAGAUCAGAUCCAGCUCAUGGUAAGAGUAGGCUUGCUGUGCAGCGAAAAUUCACCGGCCAAACGGCCGAGCAUGAAAGAUGUUAGAGACAUGCUGAUGCAAAUCGAAAGAUUGUCAAGUCCUAGACCCAAAAGGAACUGAUGCACAAUUUGCACAGUCAAAAAAAUGUACAGUGUAUAUUAGAUCAAGAACAAAGCGAUUGAUGUGAGGCGCCCUCGCGCAAGACCUGCUUCUAAGCCUGAAAUUAGAAAUAGAGAAAGUGAUAAUUUUGUCCAAUGAUUUCAAACUGCAAGACAUGCAGCUUUCGGCUUUUGCGUCAAAGUUGACAUUCACCAGCUAGGCUGUACGACCAUGACUGGAGAAAAGGUACGAUUUCAUGUCUCGUUCGGGUCUGAUCGUACCAUCUUCUUUCGUCGAGGUGACCCCGGGACCAUUAGGGUAUGGCCUCCACGAC